AUGAAUAAACAUACAGAUCAUUAUCAUUAUGGUUAUGAACAAGAAAAAGAUCAAUUAGAAACUAGUACAAAUCAAUUAAAAGCUCCAUCAAAUUAUGAAAGAUUACCUUCUUCUCUACCAGUUCAAUCAUCAUUAAAUGAUCAUUGUCAUGAACAUUCAAUAGUUAGUUCAAAUAUAGAUAAAAAUGCUAGAAGAAAAUUAAUACUUGCUAGUGGUCUAUGCUUAUUUUUUAUGACAGGUGAAAUCAUCGGUGGUGCAUUAGCUCAUAGUUUGGCUAUUAUGACAGAUGCUGCCCAUUUAUUAACUGAUUUUGCUAGUUUCUUAAUUAGUUUAUUAGCUUUAUAUUUAGCAUCAAGACCAUCAACAAAACGUAUGAGUUUUGGAUGGCAUCGUGCUGAGGUUGUUGGGGCAUUGGCAUCUGUUCUAUUAAUUUGGCUUGUUACUGGUAUAUUGGUAUAUUUGGCUAUUAUGCGUAUAAUACAUAAUAAUUAUGAAAUAAAUGGUAAAAUUAUGCUUAUUACAUCAGCUACUGGUGUUGGAGUCAAUAUAAUUAUGUUAUUUACAUUACAUAAUCAUGGUCAUAAUCAUGAACAUUCAUCUACUAGUAAUAUGAAUAUAAUUAAAGAUUUAAAUCAAUUCCCUGAAACUCAAAUCAAUAAUUUCACUAUCAAUCAUCAUCAUCAUCAAUAUGAAAUCAAUAAUGAAAUCAAUAAAGAAUUCAAUCGUCCAAAUAUUACUGUACGUGCUGCAUUUAUACAUGUUAUUGGUGAUUUAUUACAAAGUAUUGGUGUAAUGAUUGCUGCUAUGGUGAUAUAUUUUCAACCAAACUAUAAAAUUAUCGAUCCAUUGUGUACAUUUCUCUUUUCAUUAUUGGUACUUAUUACUACAAUCAAUAUAUUACGUGAUGCAUUAAAUGUCUUAAUGGAAGCUACACCACAUGGAUUAAAUUUUAAUGAAGUCAAAAGUUCAUUAAUGAAUAUACCAGGAGUAAAAGAGAUACAUAAUUUACAUAUAUGGAGUUUAACUACUAAUAAAAUAGCUAUCUCUGUACAUUUAGCAAUUGAAAAUGAUUCAAAUACACAAGAGAUAUUAAAACAAGCAAAUCAUUUAUUAAAACAACGUUAUUUAGCUCAUGAUGUUACAAUACAAUUAGAAUUAUAUGUUAAAGAAAUGGCUGAUUGUUAUCAAUGUAAAGAACCAUCAAAAUAAGUAGUAUAUGUGAAGUAACUAUCUUCAUAAUGAUGAUAUAUUAUACAUUAUCUGAUAUUAUCUUUAUUGUAUUCAAUAGUUUAUUAGAUAAUUAAUCUCUAUCAUAUAUGAAUUCAGUUGAAUAUAUACACAUAUUACUCAUUUAUAUUCAAUAUUUUUGUUUAGUAAAUUAAGCUACUUAUAAGUAGUAUAAUCAUAUUAACUCAAAAAAUUGUCAUUUGAAAUACUUUCUAGACUAGAUCUAUCUCUAUCUUACAAUGGAAUAAAUGAAAAUCACUUGAUAGAAUUCUAUAACAUAACUUAUGUAAGCUACAAUGACUAUUAUACACUUUGCUUCUUUCAGUUCUUUUUUUUAAUAAUCAAGUCAUGUAAUUCAUUUCAACAAAUCAAAACCAUUGAAUCUCUCAUUGUGUAUCCAUAUUGAAUUAUCUUCAUAAAUUGAAUCCUAUCAAUCCAUCUAUUUUAAUGAUUAUGUAGUCACUUUAAAAUUUUCUUUCAGCAAAUCAUUAUAGACUACUUAUUUAUGUAUUUAUUUAACCUGUAAUGUUAUUUAUUUAAUAAAGGUGUAUAUCUCUA